AUGGGCUACACCAUCGGCCUUGCCGCCUACUCGGGUCUCGCGCUCGCAACACUGGUGGCAGGCUACCUCACGUUCACGGGUUCGGGGACGCAGUUCAAUCCGGGACAGUUCCUUGAGCAGACGAGCCCUUACGCGUUCGCGCUAGUCGGACUGGGCCUGAAUAUCGGGUUGAGUGUAGCGGGUGCGGGAUGGGGAAUCUGGAUCACGGGCUCGUCGAUUCUUGGUGGAAGCGUGCGGACACCGCGCAUCCGAACAAAGAACUUGAUCAGUAUCGUGUUCUGUGAGGUCGUCGGCAUCUACGGCGUCAUCACAUCCAUCGUCUACUCGGCGAAACUCGCCGCCUCGCCUUCCAUCGAGACCCUCUACAGCCCCAGCAACUACUACACCGGUUUCGCCCUCUUCUGGGGAGGCCUCACAAGCGGCUUGUGCAACCUGUUGUGCGGCGUGGCAGUCGGAAUCUCAGGUGCGAACGCGGCGAUUGCAGAUGCGGCAGAUCCGCAAUUGUUCGUCAAAGUCCUCGUCAUCGAGGUCUUCUCAUCGAUCCUGGGCCUGUUCGGGUUCAUCACCGCGCUCCUCAUCUCGGGCAAAGCAUUCGACUUCGCAUGA